CUUUAACCUUUUGUCCUAACGUGUUCUAAAAACCACCUCAUACGCUCUCUCCUUCUCCCACCGACGCAACCGAAUCUCCGCCGGCGACUCUCCCCGAUUACCCUCUCCCUUCCGUAUCCCUCACAGAUUCCGAUCUCCUCCCAAAACCCCCAAACUCUAGCAAAUUCGAAGAUCUCCUUCGUCCAUGGUCGCCCCGGAGGUUUCCGUAUCGACCUCCGUCACGGAAACCGUGGACGGCUUCCACGAGUUCAAGAUCAGCGCCUACUCUCUGACCAAAGGCCUCGGCGUCGGCAAGUUCGUGUCCUCGGAGACGUUCGACGUCGGAGGGUACACGUGGGCGAUCUACUUUUACCCCGACGGAAAGAACCAGGAGGAUAACAACAACAACUCCUCUUACGUCUCUCUCUUCAUCGCUCUCGCGAGCGAGGGAGCUGAUGUGAGGGCCUUGUUCGAGCUCACGCUCGUGGAUCAGAGCGGGAGUGGGAAGCAUAAGGUUCACAGCCAUUUCGGGAGAGCCCUCGAGAGCGGGCCUUAUACUCUCAAGUAUCGUGGAAGCAUGUGGGGAUACAAGAGGUUUUUCAAGAAGUCGAGUUUAGAAUCAUCGGAUUAUAUGAAGGACAAUAGUCUCUUGGUUCGGUGCCGUGUUGGUGUGGUGAAGUCGUGCACUGAGGGACAGAGGAGUUACGAUAUCCCUGUGCCGGUUUCUAACUUGGGCCAACAGUUUGGGAGUCUUUUGGAAAGUGGGAAAGGUUGCGAUGUUACUUUUGGAGUCGAUGGAGAAACAUUCUCUGCUCACAAGCUGGUUCUCGCGACGCGUUCUCCAGUUUUCAGGGCACCUUUUGGCCCGUUGAGAGACAGGAACACUGACCGGAUAGAGAUAGAAGACAUGGAGCCUUCCAUUUUCAAGGUUUUGCUCCAUUUUAUCUACUGGGACGAAUUACCUGACAUGCAAGAGUUAAUGGGCACAGCAGACUCUAGAUCAGCUUCUACUCUUGUGGCUCAGCAUUUGCUUGCAGCGGCAGACCGUUACGCUCUUGAGCGGCUUAAACUGAUCUGCGAGUCGAAACUUUGUGAAGGAAUAACAAUAAACACGGUUGCAACCACCUCGGCCUUAGCGGAGCAGCAUCAUUGUCUCCAGCUAAAGGCUGUCUGUCUCAAAUUUGUUUCCUCGCCAGAGAACCUAAAAGCUGUGAUGCAAACAGAUGGGUUUGAUUAUCUGAAAAAGAGCUGUCCAUCUUUACUAACUGAGCUGUUGAAGUAUGUGGCGAGGCUUGGUGAACACUCUGUUAGUGCUUCUGGGCAUCGAAAAGAGAUGUUUGGUGAUGGUUGUGACUCCAAUGGAAGACGAGUGAAGCAGCGGUUGCAUUGACCAGUUCUCUGCAUUGUAUAAUAAUUACUGUUUAAUGGCUGAUUUGAUCCAGCGAGUGAAUCAGCGUUUGCAUUGUAUAAUAUUUCUUCAGCUUUCUAUUGAAAAUCAAAGAUCCAAAUGAAACUUGUGGGGACUAACCAAGACUUAUUAAGAAUUUUUAAGGCAAUAUAUAUUGUUACAACGUCAA